AUGUCAACACUCAAGUCGAAACGAGCCAAGAAACCCCGCCCGACUGGGAAAGCGCCAGGAUCAUCGUCAUCGGCGCAAAGUUCGUCAAGCAAGAAGGCUCAAGUGUACGACACAGUCAACGUCGGUCUCGAUUUCGUGGCCAACCUCUCCGAAGCGUCAGAUGUACUCGCCCCUCUCAAAGCAGCCUGUCGGGCAACAAAGUCGAUCCUAGACGUCAAACAAGCUAUUGAUAGCAACAAAGAAGAUUUGAAUGACCUAAUCGCGCGUUUAGAAGGCUAUAUGUCCUCUAUCGAGAAACAAGUCGACUUGUUCGAGCGCUAUUCUCCAGAGGAGAGGAUCGUUGAGGAAGCGUUCAGCCAACCAUUCAUUCGAUACGUCAAAUUCCUUGAGGAUCUCUCGGCGAAAGUCCUCAACUAUGUCGAAAAACGAAGCCAAACUACCCGGGGCAGGGCUACGCAAGUCCGAAAAGUCAAGAUAGACGCAGAAACGAUCCGCAGAUUCAGUAGAGAGGUUGACGAUCGGCAUAGACAGUUCAUGGAAGCAUUGAAUAUCUUCACUACAUUGCGUAUUCAAUCCAUCGAACGAAGCACAAAGGAUACCAAGGUCAACGUGGAAAAGAGUCUGACGGACAACGAUGCUACCGCCAUACUACAGCUGCCAAUGGUAGCAUUCGUUCCAUCCUCGAUCCACAAUACCUGUAUGCAGGGAACACGGGAGGCGGUCCUACAAAUGAUCUGGCACUGGGCCAGCGACGAUAUAUCCGACAAGCCAAUAUUCUGGCUCUGCGACAUAGCCGGUUCCGGCAAAUCCACAGUCGCAAUGUCCGCAGCCGAAAGGUGGCGGAAUGAGGGAAUAUUAGGUGGUCGAUUCUUCUUCUCUAUUGCAAGUAGUGAAGGGUCCACGACCGAAAAAUUUUGUUCCACCAUAGCAAGGGAGCUCGCCUAUUACAUCCCGGGGCAUGGUCGAAGCAUCGCCGAUGCAGUGAGACGGAAUCCCAUCGUCAUGCGAAGUUCACUUGAUGAGCAGUUUCGAACCCUCAUCACUGGUUCACUUCAUAGUCAGCAAGACCGCGUAAUUUUCGUUAUCGACGCUCUUGACGAGUGCAAAUCUGGAUCACAACGAAAGGAACUUGUCGAGGCUCUGUACACGGCUGUUCGAGAGUGCAAGAAUCUCAAGAUCUUCAUGACGAGUCGACCAGACCCUGUCGUCGAGGCAAUCUUGGGAUCGCUCUCGACCAAGGCCAAGUUGGAGGAUCGCCUUCACCAUGUCAAUCAUCGUGAUAACAUCGACGACAUUGCGAACUAUGUGCACCGAUCACUGGGUGGCAUACUGCCAGGAGACAAAAGGCAGAAGCUCGUCGAAAAGGCCAACGGGCUCUUCAUCUGGGCGAGCACCGCCUGUCGAAUGCUCAAAAAUGAGGCCAGCUUAAUCUCACCCGAGGACAUGUACGCUCGUCUGACCUCCAUGGAUCAAGUUGGAGUCAUAGACGACGUUUACAAUCUUGUCUUCGAGCGCACAGAUCCUGAAUACUACACAGUCUUGUGUACAAUGCUUGCGCUUCUAGCUGCUGCAUUCGAACCGCUCACAAUCGAUGAUCUGGACGACCUCCUGAAGAGCUCUAAAAUACACGGAAGUGCCAAGGCAUUGGUACAUAAUCUAGGAAGCGUACUCACUAUAGAUGCGACAAAUCUUAUUCAGUUUCGUCAUCCUACGGUGGUCGAGUACCUCCGGCGCUGUCCAAUCAAUCCAGCCAUCAAUAAUCGCAAUAUAAUUUCUAUCAACUUCGCAAAUGCGCAUGGUCAAACAGCAUUAUGGUGUCUUAAACGUCUCAAGUCUCCAAGUGAAGGUCUCAAGUUUAACAUAUGUCAAAUCGAGUCAUCUUUCAACCUGAAUAGGCAAAUUCCGGAUCUUGAUACUAGAGUAUCAAAUUUUAUUUCAAGGAGACUUCGAUACGCUAGCUCUCAUUGGGUAUUCCAUGUAGCCGAAACAAACGAUAACUGGCGAUACACGUUCAGUAGCGAACUUGAGCACAUUACUCAAAUACCAUACGUACUAUACUGGAUGGAGAUCCUAAGUUUCACCGGAGGAGUGCCACGAGCAAUAGCUGGCCUUCGAGCCAUUGCACAUCAUGCAGGAUUGAAAGAGAACAUUAAAGGGUCAAUUAUCGAGAUUCGGCGGUUUAUGAUGGCAUUUUCAGUGCCAAUCCAGGAUAGUGCUCCACAUAUUUACCUCUCGGCACUUCCCUUCGCCCCCAUCGAAUCAAAAAUACAUAAUGGGUGUAUAGAAAAGUUUAGUAGCACCCUCACUGUCACUCUUGGGGUCGAAAAGAUGUUCUCCGGGCUCCCCAAGUUCCUUCGAGGUCACGAAGACUGGGUCCGGGCCGUGGGUUUCUCGCCAGAUGGCUCAAAAAUUGUCUCUGGCUCCUCCGAUAGGACUAUUCGACUGUGGGAUGUGGACACUGGACAGGCUUUGGGAAAGCCACUUCGGGGUCACUCGGGCUCGGUGAGGGCUGUCGGGUUCUUGCCAGAUGGCUCGCGAAUUGUCUCUGGCUCGUCCGACAAGACGAUCCGACUAUGGGAUGUAGAAACUGGACAGGCUUUGGGAAAGCCAUUUCGGGGCCACGAAAGCUCAGUCUUAGCCGUCAGAUUCUUGUCAGAUGGCUCAAGAAUUGUUUCUGGCUCACGGGACAAGACGAUUCGAUUAUGGGAUGCAGACACUGGGCUUUCUCUUGGACAGCCCCUUCGGGGUCACGAAGGCUCGGUAAGGGCUCUUGGGAUCUCGCCAGAUGGUUCACAAAUUGCCUCCGGCUCGUCCGACAAGACGAUCCGACUAUGGGAUGCAGACACAGGACUGCCUUUAGGGGAGCCACUUUGGGGUCACCAAUGCCCCGUCUUGGCUGUCGAGUUCUCUCCGGACGGAUCGCGAAUCGUCUCUGGCUCGUCCGACAAGACUAUCCGAAUCUGGGAUGCAGAUACAGGACAGACUCUAGGAGAGCCAUUUUGUGGUCAUGAAUUCCCCGUCUUGGCCGUCGGAUUCUCUCCGGAUGGCUCACGAGUCGUCUCUGGUUCGUCCGAUAAGACGAUUCGACUUUGGGAUGUCGAUACAGGACAGCUAUCUCGAGAGCCACUUCGGGGUCAUGAAUAUUCGGUCUUAGCCGUCGUAUUCUCACCAGAUGGCUCACAAAUUGUCUCUGGAUCACGAGAUAAGACGAUUAGACUAUGGGAUGUGGACAGUGGGCAGCCCUUGGGCGAGUCACUGCGAGGUCACGAGGGUUCGGUCUUGGCCGUCAGAUUUUCGUCAGAUGGUUCGAAAAUUGUCUCUAGCUCACGGGAUCAGACGGUUCGACUAUGGGAUGUAGGAUCUGGACAACCUCUGGGUGAGCCAAUUCGGGGUCACGCAGAUUUAGUGAGAGCUGUCGGAUUCUCGCUAGAUGGCUCGAAAAUCGUAUCGGGCUCGUCUGACAAGACAAUUCGCCUAUGGGAUAUAGCCACUAGAACCUCUUUGGGAGCGCCAUUUCCUGUUGAUGAAUACUCGGUUUUGGCCGUCGGAUUCUUGCCAGAUGGCUCGAGGAUCAUCUGUGGCUCGUCCGACGGGAUUAUUCAACUAUGGGAUGCGGACACUGGACAGGCUUUGGGAAAGCCACUUCGGGUUCACUCGGGCUCGGUGAGGGCUGUCGGGUUCUCGCCAGAUGGCUCAAAAAUCGUCUCUGGCUCUUCCGGUAGGAGGAUUCAACUGUGGGAUGUGAACACUGGAAAUCCUCUGGGCGAGCCAGUAUGGCGUCACAAUGGCUCGGUCUUGGCCGUCGGAUUCUCGCCAGACGGUUCACGAAUCGUCUCUGGCUCUGCCGACAAGACGAUCCAACUAUGGGAGGCAGACACAGGACAGCCUAUAGGAGAGCCACUUAGGGGUCACGAAGGUCCGGUGUACGCCGUUGGGUUCUCUUCAGAUGGUUUAAAACUUGUCUCUGGCUCGUCUGAUCAAACAAUCCGACUGUGGGAUGUGAACACUGGACAGGCGUUGGGAGAGCCAUAUCGAGGUCACCAAGGCUCGGUGUACGCUGUCGAAUUCUCGCCAGAUAGCUCACGAAUCGUCUCUGGCUCGUCUGACAAGACGAUUCGACUAUGGGAUGUACACACCAUACCCCCUCUUGGAGCGCCACUUCGGGGGCAUGAAUACUCUGCCUUGGCCACCAGAUUACCGCCAGAUGGCUCGCAAAUUGUCUCUCACGUACGAGACAAAACAGUUCAACCAUCAGCUGCCAAAGCAGAUGUAAAGAGAAUGCCGGCUCCAGCACAGGAUUCAGCGCUCCAAGACGCAGAGGAGCAAGGGGACUCUGGCUUUGACGAAGACUAUCCAGAAGAUGCAAAGGGAAGGAAGAAGGGCUCAACGUCCCAAGCCACUAGGCGGGAUCAGAACCGCAUUGCCCAGCGUGAUUUCAGAUUGAGAAAGCAACAAAAGAUCCGAGACUUGGAGCGCAAAGUCGAAAUUCUCUCCGCAAAUAGGGAAGACUCGUUGAAGGCACUAGAUGGGAUGCUGCAAGACUUGGUUCGCGAAAACCAGGCACUGCGGCAGCUUGCAGGACCUCUCGGGCUUCAUUGGGGAAGGCAUUGGAGGGUUCUUGCCUAA